UGCAAGCACUUGGUGUUCCAUGAUCUGAUAUCGUGAGGAGCCUCACUCACUCGGUGGAGACGAACCAUAAACGUAAUUGGACCGCGUCAAACGAGGUACAACUACGAGAUGGCAAACACGGCUCACCUCGUAUGUCGACAGAGUUCACGUGAUCUGAAGCCACAAAAGAGCUUUGACAGGUUGGAGAUGAAGGAGAUGCGGGGCCGACUUGUCGUCGAGAAUCACAAAAGCAGCUCUACCGUGAGUUACGGAGCUACAAACGCGGGAUUUGACGACUCCAGCCCAAACACGAAGAUUAAGUUGAGUGACGAAGGUGGGGGCAGUAAACUGGGCAGCACUGAAGGUAAAGCCAUCUUCCGACCGGAAGCUGGGGAAGAUGAGCGAGAAAAUUGGGACAGCAAACUCACGUUUUUACUUGCAACUGUCGGCUACGCUGUGGGGCUUGGAAAUGUUUGGCGGUUUCCAUAUCUUGCCCAAAAAAAUGGAGGAGGGGCCUUUCUAAUCCCCUACUUUGUGAUGCUUGCGAUUGAGGGCAUUCCGAUAUUCUAUCUAGAGCUGGCGAUUGGGCAGCGUCUGCGGAAAGGAGCCAUCGGAGUGUGGAAUCAGGUAUCUCCAUACUUGGCUGGUAUCGGCUUAAGCAGUGCGGUGGUUUCGUUCCACGUUGCGCUUUACUACAAUACUAUAAUUGCCUGGUGCCUGUUCUACUUAGCACAGAGCUUCCAAUCAGAACUUCCUUGGUCCGAGUGCCCGAACAAAUAUUACCAGAACGGAUCCUACGGUUCAGAACCUGAAUGCUUGGUGAGUGGGCCAACGCAGUAUUUUUGGUACCGUACAACGCUGAUGAUAUCGGAAGAUAUAAAUUCGCCAGAAGUUUUCAACUGGAAAAUAGCCCUGGCACUUGUAGUUGCCUGGAUUCUUGUCUACAUGUGUAUGAUCAAGGGAAUCGCUUCGUCUGGCAAGGUAGUCUAUGUAACAGCGACUUUCCCCUACAUCGUCCUGAUAAUAUUCUUCUUUCGUGGAGUAACGCUACCAGGAAUGUCAGAUGGGUUGCGUCAUCUUUUCACGCCCAAGUGGUGGACGCUCACUGACCCGGUUGUCUGGCUGGAGGCGGGGACCCAAAUAUUUUUUUCCUUGGGUUUGGCGUUCGGUGGACUCAUCGCUUUUUCGUCAUACAACCCAGUGAACAACAACUGUUAUCGUGAUGCCAUAACGGUCAGCCUCACGAACUGCUUUACCUCCAUGUUUGCUGGCAUCGUAGUCUUCUCAAUUAUAGGUUUCAAAGCCACCAUGGUCUACGAACAAUGCUUAGUUGACAGAAACGCAACUCUGGUCGGUAUGUUUGGAAACCAAGUUGACGUCAACAAUAUCCCACCAUCGGGAGCAUUUAUUAACGUUCCGAGCGGACACGGAUCUCUUGACAACAUAAGAAUGCCCGAAUUACCUGUGUGUGAUUUAGAGAAGGAGUUAGACAAUUCUGCAUCAGGAACCGGAUUGGCGUUCAUCAUUUUUACCGAAGCAAUAAACCAGUUUCCUGGAGCUCAGUUUUGGUCCGUGUUGUUCUUCCUGAUGCUCUUUACCCUAGGUAUUGAUUCCCAGUUUGGAACCCUAGAAGGUGUUGUCACCAGCAUAGUGGAUCUGAAGAUAUUCCCAAACUUGCGAAAAGAAAUUCUGACCGGAGUGAUCUGUCUGGUCUGUUGCAUUAUUUCGAUGGCCUUUGCUCACGGUGCAGGAAGUUACGUAUUCGUCCUCUUCGACAACUUUAGCGGAAAUUUUCCUCUCCUGAUUAUUGCAUUUUUCGAGUGUGUUGGCGUUUCAUAUGUCUACGGCUUGAAAAGAUUUGCUGACGACAUUGAACUCAUGACGGGCAAUCGUCCAGGCCUAUACUGGCUUAUCUGCUGGAAGUAUCUCAGCCCGUUAGCAAUGCUGAGCAUUUUGGUAGCAUCGUUCGUAGAGAUUGCCGUCGAAGGAAGCGGUUAUCCGGCUUGGAUAGCAGGCAAGGGUAUUACCGAAAUACACGAGUGGCCAUUAUGGGCGCUGUUUCUAAUCGUAUUCCUCAUCUCAUCUUCAGUAUUGUGGAUACCUGGUGUUGCCUUGUGCAGAUACUUUGGUAUCCUGAUAGUAGACGACAAUGAGAAGGCCUGGUUUCCUGCAGCGGAUUUGAAAGAAUUUCACGGAAUCGUACCCCACGAGGUCACUGCAUCGGAAACGCUACUUUUCUGCAUUCGGAGUGACGGAAGUGAAGGUCUUUGCUGCCCGACAGGAGGCGCACACGAUGAUGACGAUGAUCUCACAUAGGUUCUGGGGUUACUGCUCUCGCACAGAUUACUCGUGCCUACCAAGUGACUUAGAUUAUUAUCUUGAGAGAAGAAGACGGA